CUUCAACUUCAGUUUGUCCUUCACGGUCAUCCGUCACUUCUCUCCUAUCCUGUAACACCUGCCACUCGAUCACUCUGUGUCGACUCGACUACCAUGUCUAUCGUGACGAUAAGGAAUGUAGAGUUCCUCAACAACCCCGCAAGGUUUUCGGACCCAUACCACUUUCGCGUUACAUUCGAAUGCAUUGCACCCCUUCCAGAAGAUCUCGAAUGGCGGCUCAUCUACGUCUCUUCGCCGGGGGACGAGGAACUUGACCAGGAACUCGACGACUGUUUGGUGGGUCCGGUACCAGUAGGAGUCAACGCGUUUGAUUUCGAAGGCUCCGCCCCCAACCCAUCAAAAAUCCCACCUGAGGACGUCCUCGGAGUGGCCGCGCUCAUUCUCACCGGUUCAUACAAAGACCAGGAAUUCGUCCGUGUGGGCUACUACCAAAAUACGGAAUACGACAACGAGGAGAUGAAGGAGGCACUUCCGGAGCCCAUCCGUUUUGACCGGCUUGUGAGGGAUAUCAACUCGAAGCCGCGGGUAACGAGGUUCCAGAUCAAGUGGGACAUAACGCCGCAGCAGCGGACAGGUCAAGCCAUCGGAGCGGCUACGUCCGCGGCAGUCCCAUCUGCGAACGACCUAGACGCGGAGGACGAACCGAGCACGAACGGCAAUGACAUGUCGCCAUGACAGGCUGCUUCUGUCUUCCGUCCACUUCCUCUUGUCCAGGUUCUGCGUGAAGCGAAGGGCGAUCGCAAAUUGUAUUACAUCCUAUCUGUGUGCCUUUUAUUAGUUGUCCUAGCGUCCGGUGCUAACCUGCUGACUCUCCACGCAUACCAUUUCGCAUUGCAAUUAUACCUAUGUAGCAUGAAUGUUGCCGCUGUUCCCAGGGCCUACAAGUAAUCGUUACUCAAUGACAUCAGUACAGACCUCAAGGUUGCCUCUGCCUGAGAGACAAGGUCCACCAAAUGGGAGGAGAUAUCCAUGG